CUUAGACCAGAAGCUCCCAUCCACCUGAUCAACCAAGAAAGAAGAGCACUAGAGCCGUGUUUAAUCAACCGUGAGCUCCCGUCCGCAUCAUCUCAUCAAGGUCGACCGAUGGCGUUUCUGGGAGGAUCAUUGGGCGUGACAAGGAGUAUCGACAGCCGGAAGAUGAUGGAGGGGAAGAGCCACGGCAGGUCCGGGACGUGGCGGCAAGCGCCGGUGCCCGUGAGGCAGCUGUUCUGGAGGCUGAGGCGCGCUAUGCUGAGGCCGAAGCGCCACGCCGUGAGCUUCGGGUACGACCUCAAGAGCUACUCCCGUAACUUUGAUGACGGCCUCGUCCCUGCUCACCGCCUGUAGCUGACACCCGCGGGGUCUUUUUCUUCUUCUUCUUCUUCUUCUUCUCAAUUUUACUUGCCGCCCGGCCGGACCAUGGCUCGAGGUUGAAGAGUUUGAAGGGUCGUCACCUUGUGAUUUGCUCCUCCUCUAGUUCAGCUACGAGUGUAUAUUAGACAUUACUGUUCAUACACAAGUUGUUUAGUGUUAAAGUAUGAAACUGCCAAUGAAAUGACAGCGUAUC